GCACGAGGGGGGAUCUAUAUAUCUGUUGCAGAGGCCAGUCACUGCAAUUCACUUUGCAUGCCCUGCUGCUACUUUCUUUAAUUAAUUUACAUGUCCUUUCUUUAGCUACUACUUCUACAUGCCCUGUUUCUUUAUUCACUUCUACGUGCUGUGCUCCUUUUUUUAAUUUGCCUGCUUUCAUUAUUUUUAAAGGCUGCAUCACGUGCUCAGCCGCUUCCAAAGACCAGAGGAUGGAUGAUGAAUCAUAAAAUGAGCUCUGUCUCACUCUUUCACCAUGUAACAGGUGUUGUCAUUAUUUAUGAAUCUACACAUCUGGUCUCUCCUCUCUUCCAGAGUUAAAUGAUUGUGAACCAAACAUGCAUACAGGGUUUUGUUUGAAGUCUGAGAUGUCCCUCACAGAACAACCGAUUUGAAGGUUGUUGUUCUACACCAUUUUUGGCCCAGAUAUUUUGGUGAUAAUUGCAAAAUUCAAUUUUGAGGAACCGGAUAGCGCCCUUGGGAAAAACAUAAGGUGUGAGUGAGUCGUUUGUAGAUAAAGAAACUGUAUUAACCGCUUCUGGUUCUGCCAAACACUAGUUCCAGUUACAAACUAAACUAGCUCAUGGCUGCAACUACCAUCAAAUUGAAACCGUUGCUUCCACUGUCUCCUCUGCCAACACAAACCACUUCAACUCCAACUUCAUCAUGGCUUUCCAAUCCUCUGGCUUCGUUCCGAACUCCUCGUACCAUGUUGUCUCAGCGAGGACAUGUUGCUGUCUCCGUUGCCUUCAACCCCCAAGGGAACUUCGACCUCUCUUUAUCUGAUUAUGAUGAUGCCCCUGAAGUUACACCUCCCAUGCCCCCGUCUGAAGGCCGAUUUGAUGUUUUCAUUGACAACGAUGCUAUUACUCGUCUUGACUUGUCCCCUUUUCAAUCUGCAACAGGCAUGAAAGACCCUUUAUCUGUAAAACCAAAAGAAUUUAUUGACCGCACAAUUGGCUUCACCAUCAACUACAAGAAAGAAGAUCCUCGCGAUCCUCGAGAAUUAUCCGAGUUCCCUGAUAUAAGGCUAUGGUUUGUAAGACUUGAUGCUACUUAUCCAUGGUUGCCAGUCUUGUUGGACUGGAGAGCAGGAGAGCUGGCUCGUUAUGCUGCUAUGUUAGUUCCACAUCAGAUGAAUAUGAAAAUGGGAGUUGUUUUCAAUCCAGAGGCAUUGGAACUGUUUGUUAUGAAGAAAGUUUUUGUUGUGUAUUCCUGGCUGAAGCAUCACAACAUUCCUAAGCCUGAACUGAAGGCAAAUAACAUGGCCAGAAUGCUUGGAUUUGGAAUUGGUAAUGAACUAUAUGACUUAGUUGAGAACCAUCCACUUGAUCUUUCAUGAAAGGACAUCCCAGGAUUUGGGAAUCAGUAUGAGAAUCUUUUUCUUGUUUAUGUUGAUCCAGUAUGUAAUCAAGUGUAUCUGCAUAUUAAUGUUAAGGGUAAUUAGACUUGUAAAGUAAAGGGGCAAUGAAAUUAGCAGAGCUUAAGAGGGUCAUUAAGAAUUGUGCUAAUGAUCAAGUGUUUGUAAAGUGUCUUUAUUGUCAAUGUUUCCCAAGAGUUUCAUAUCAAAUUCAGCAUUAUACAAUUAUUGGCAUUCAUGUU